GUGCUCAUUGCAGAACACCAUAUCGUCUAAAUUUCCAGGGCCUUCCACUACCGUGUCCCUCAUAAUCAUAUCGGGCUUUUGGGGAUGUAAAACUACACAUAUGAGUGAUAACGAAGAGUUGUAUUGUAUAUCGUUCAUUCGCUGUGAUUUACUUUUUUAUGGCUACUUCAAGUCCAGUUACACACACCUACCGCUUUGACUUGGAUGUUGGAUGAUGUUUCUGCCCGUUGUGGCAGCGAGAUCGGUAGAUGGCGCGCCGGUCAUUGGCGAUUUAUUAUGGUUUUAAAAGUUUUCCAUUAGGGGCAGCAUACGCUGCGUGUGUUGCUUCGUGCAAUUUGAUGAGCAUGGUGAGCUAUGGAUACGAUCGUCUUGUGGAGUCCACUGAGUGAUGUUUAGUGCUGCUACAACGUUGCCUCUAUCGCACUAUGGCCAACCUCAGGCGACACUUCAAUUUCGGUUCUCACAAGAGUGGAUCCGUCAACACGUUCGGGCUUUCGCAUGGCAAUCAGUCAAACUCUGAAGGCAUCGCAUUUCCAGACCAUGCAUUCAGCAGGUCGGCGUUUAUGAAUGAAGUCUGUAGCUUCCUCGACCACUGUUCGGCGUAUAUACAGGCACUGAACUCAUUUUGUAGCUCAAGCAGUGUCUUGGCCAAGAGCCUGGUGAGGGUCUUUCACAAUGUACCUGUUUACCGAGAAGUUGCUGCCCUCUUUCUUGGUGCCUGGGAAGAUUUGGGACGAGUAACAGCAGCUGCCAGUGCAGCAGUGAAGACAGAGACUCUGAUGACACUGCAGGAUGUUCUGAACAAACUGGAGGGAGAAUCUCCUGGUGAUGAAUCUGCUGCACUUACGGAAAGCAUUCAGGCUGUGGGAUCAUGCCUUGGAUCCUACCUUGAACUGCAAGUGCAAUUUUCUUACUCUGCUUGGAAGGCCCUGAGCAAGAUUUCGAAAAGUUUGCCUCAAGAGAGAAACUCCAGCAAGUCUGCAGCAGCAAAGUCAUCAGCAGAGCUUGCAGCUACUAUUAAAAAACACUUUGCUAGCUUACUGCAUAAGUUGGGGCCUAACACAAAACAGGGUUCCCUUGCCGCUGGGGUAGCAGACAGCCAGCAAAGCCAGUUUUAUGUUGAAGGCUCAGUGCCUACUUCCAGCAGCCUGACAUCUGCAACUGAAGGGCCUGCUCAGCCUGGCACUAAAGCUCUUGGUUGGACACACACUUCUGAAGAGCUUAUAGGAUCAACUGGUGCUACUCAGCCUCCUGUGCAACCAGGACAGCAAGAGAGUGGGCUCCUUGGAGUUCUUGACACAGGGGGUGACCUGGAGGACGUGAUAAACCUGCUGUCUGCUGCACCACACCCAAGCCCAGCAUCCGCUUGUCCUAAAAGCUUUCUGCGAGAAGCAGCUCUCGCUGUGUGGCCUCCGCCUGCAGCCACUGCCCUGGGUAGCUGUAGUGGCAAGCGCACUUGGCCACGGCCUACAAGUGGUGCCCAGCAGGGUCUUAGUGCUUUUGGAGUGGACCCUUUUAUGUGGAGCAGCUUGGGGCAGUUUGAUCAACGCUCACUCUGCUCCGGUUUGCCAUCUAGUCAGAGUGACUGCAUGUCUGGUGGCUUCUGGUCAUCAGGGGAAAGACAAGGGUGGAGCAGCUUAGUAAGUGGAGAAAAUGGAAGUUCCAGUGAUGAGUCAUCAUCAAAUAAUGGCCAGGAUUCUGAUACAUUUCUAAUGGGGCUGAACUUGGCAGGGAGCGACCUUGUGGCAUCCGUUCGACAGAGGAGGCACAGCAGUAGCGAUGGACCCCCUGAAGGCUUGCACAAUGUACUUGAAAGUUUGUCAAACACAGAUGGUGGACAGCUGGAUACAAGAGCUGUGAAGACCUCCACAUGGCCUCUAAAGCAGUCCAGUUCUUUUCCUGUCAACUUGCCCCUCUCUCAUUCUGUGGGUGAUGCCACCAGUGAUGGAGAUUGCCUAAAUGAUGCUGCUGGGGCUGGUUUCUCAGGCAGUGUCAACUCUUAUUUUUUGUUUGGGCACGGCUCGUGACAAUGUCGCCUGCAUCUCACAUUCUAGUGAAUGUUCCCAGCCUUUUUCACUAAGCUGUGUAACAUUUUUGAUGCAGUGGUGCCAGUAACUGGGAUUCACAUUCUGCCGCUGCUUGGCUAACAAGUGUUCUGCGUCACUCUGGGAACAAACUGUAUUGAGCGCAAGUGCAAAUCAUCCCUGGACAUACAUUAUGCUUUUUAGGACCUUCUGUGCUGUGCAGGCAUGGCACUUUGUGUGUGUGCUUCUGGAAUGUUUCACUCAUGACAUAUGCUGACAGCAGGCCAUAACACCAAGAACGUAGACAUAGUCACGAUUUUGUACUGCAUAUUUUUGUUGUUUGUUUAUGCUUAGAACACAUUGUGUUUCGAACAGACAAGGGCAUUUAAAAUUUACUGUCAUGCUAAACAUAUGGAGAGAGCUUACAAACUGUCACCAAAAUGUCAUUUGCCUUGCAAGUAUAGUGAAAUAUUUGCCUUUUACAUUAUUUUCUUCAGUAAUGUACACAGGAUUUUAUUGAAGCUGCUAGAUUUCUUCAGUGGUUUUACAUUUUUUUGGAAUACGUGUGACCCAUGAGGGCAAGUUUUUAACUAGUCAUUCAGGCUUUCUAGUUUGUCUGUAAAGUAAGCAUGUUAUAAUUUGGAAACAUACCUCCAUUCAAAUUUAGACGAUAUUAGACCUCAAUACAUACUUUCAUUAGAAAGGCACAACAGAGCUUAUGUUAGUUUAGUGAUAAGUAAACUCGGCACUCACACUCUUUUGCUGUUUGAAUGAAGCAUUUUGCUGAGAAGUAGCAUGCAAUUAUCAAUGUAAUAACAGUAAUAAUGCACAGGAACGAAUAAAUAUGCAAUUGUGUCGCUUUUGAUGGAUGACUUCUGAGAGAAAUUGCUGUGAAUAAUGGGCCACCUUGAUUAUUUUAGUUUGCUAGGAGGGUAAGCCUCAUGCUCAUAUGAAUGAGAAUUUGUGCAAACAUGCAUGUUUUUCAUUGGUUCAAUUAGCAUGAUGAUAUUGAAAGGGCCACGACGUGGUCAUACAAUUUUUCCUAAUUUAACUGAGGGUGCCAGAGCAGAUAUGUCAUCCACACACACACACACACGCACGCACACACUCACACUCUCUCUCUCUCUACGAUAUUCUUUAUCUUUAUUUUUUGUCUUCUCUAUUUCUCUUGCUCUCUGUUUUCCUUGUUUCCUCGCCCAUAGCAACAUAAUCAUACUGAUUGUAAUGUGCUGCUUACCUAGAAGACAAAGAAGAAGACUGGUUGUCUCUUGUUUUGCCAUCUUGGCUGUUGUUGCCCUAAUCACUUUGAUUGUAUACAUAUUGUAAAUACAUCCUUCUUCUGUCUUCUCUGCAUAAAAUCUUUGGUCGAGGUGCUGGGUAUGUCUGAAACAAACCACGGAACUGAGACGUAUUUUUGGGCAAUCCAUGAUGUCGACGCGCAGGCCUGUUUAUCCAGCCCCCACUAUGCCAACUGAACCCAGCCACAUUGUUGUAACCCAUCUGCAAGACCCUGGCACUUCCUGAGGCAUUGAUAAAAUGCAUAAUGUAAAGUGGCUGGCCGACUUUGAGCAUGCCAGCAAGACCAACUUUCAUGCUGGCUAACGUCAGCUACUACUCUUCACAGUGAUGGCAAGUGUUUCGUUCAACAUGCAUGAGAAAGAUCUGACCAUUGGGGAUGUAUGCGAAAAAAAAAAAAAAACGAAAGACCUUUUUGCAAAGUCUAUUGCACACCAAGUUGCCUAAAAAGAAAUCUCAUGCCUUGCACAAACCUUGACAAAGCCGUACGUGGUGUACAUUCAAAAUGUCUUUGCCAUGUGCCGGCAAGUUGACGACCACAUGCCCGAAGCUGGCAGAGUAGUUUAAAAGGACUGCUUCACCAUUGACGACAUCAUAAGGGAGUGCCAAUGCUUUGAAGAAGCGAAGAGCCAUCAAGUUGUGGGGCUCUUUGUCUGGCUCCCUAACACCGCCACCACCACGUCGUCGUGCGAGGAUGCCAAGCUGCAACGAUCACCCAGUACUGAAAACUUCCUGCGCCUUGUACGGCAAGAAAUCGAGGCAGUAUCCUCAUUUGCUCUGCAGGCUUGGAAUUGCGAGGACACCUGCUCGACAGCGUCAUUGAUACAGGCUGUCAUGCGUGAAGAACUGGCGAACGCAGGUAUCCAUCCCUUAUGUGCCCUAAGUCGUCCUGCGGUCAGCCCUUUUCCAUUCUACCACCCAUUAUCGACCUAUUCCAGAGACCGUGAUCUGAACCAGUGGUGCACACGUGAUGACAGGCCAGUAUGCUUCAACUGCAACAGGGUAGGCUACAUUUCUCACUAUUUUCACCAUCGUUGGCCAUCGUCUCCUCGUACACUGUACCGUGCAGAGGACAUUUUAAUGCUCACCUUUUCACGGCCAUGAAGACCCAUCAAACCCUAAUGCCUAAACCUCGACCUCACGUUACAACCGCUUGCCAUCCCCGCAAAGCCAGCUACGUUCUCUGUUACCUUUUACCACGUCACUCACCUUCGCAUACUCUCGUCAUCCUUCCUCGGAAAACUGACCAGUGCAGCAUCCGGAGGGGUUGCUGUAUUGGCCUAUCGAACCGGAAAUCCUCUGUUGAAUCAGGCUACCAGAUAGAACCUUUUAGAUGUAGAAGUAGAAGAAGUAGAUGGUGUGCCUGUUUCGGUGCUCAGAGACACUGGCACCUAAUUAUCAGUCACAAGUGCUAACCUUUUUUGCUGCAUUCGCUAGGUCGUUAUGCUUGCCUCAUCGUUUCUUGUUCCUGUAGUUAAUGGCAGUACAUCUUGCAUUCUUAAAAAGUUUACUGCGUGGGUGAGAUUCGAUGACCAUGAGAUCUCGGUUCUCUUUGCUGUUCUGAACGAUUGCCCCUCAUCACCUCAUCCUCAGCGAGGAAUUUCUAAGCACGUAUUCUGCCCUUAUCAACUGUGCUUCUGGGCUUUUAGAGUAAGAGCUUCCAAUAUGGGGGUGGGGGAGGGAGCUGACCUUACCAUUGCGUUGCCUCCAUAUUUAUGUGUAGUCCGGUUUGUUUGCUUGGGCCCAGGUAAGGUGAUGUGCUGUCGGCAGAAAAAAAGCUUGUGGGAUCUGUAGUGCAUGGUAGAGCAACAAAAAACUGCAUCGCUGCGUUGCCUAUCAUGACGCGGUGGAUGUUGAUGCUAUUGGCCGCAGCGAUUAGCGAUGGUGCGUUUAGACAGCGGGCCGUUGUUGGCUUUUAUAGCGGAGGCCACAGCCGAUGUCCUCAGCACCAGUCUUGUCACGGUAGACGAUGCAGUGAUGCAGUUUUUAGUCACUCCACCUUGCGCUGCUGAUUCUGCAAACUUUUGCUGCCGAGAGUACGUCUCAUUUACCUCAGAUCUACCGGUACGUGAUGGCACCUACCUGCUUAUCCCUUCCUUGGAAAUUCUUCUGGUGCGAACUGUAGCGCUGCCUUGUGACUGUGCACUUCUGUGUGCUCUUGAGAAUGUUUCUGUGAACCAUGCAUGCCUACCUGUACUGAACUUUGGUUGUUACAAUUACUUCCUGAAGAUAUGACACUGGGCAAUAUACCACUUUCAGACGCACGCAACCCUGUUGAAUUGUCUAUUGGUGCACCACAGCUGGCUCCAGAAGCCCUGCUGCUAGUGCAACACUUGAUGACCCGUUUGACGGCAUAAUAUCCUCGGACUAUUCUCCUUCCCUCAAGUUUUUUGUUGGCAUCAUAUUGUGAUGUUUUCAAUUUCGCCUUGUCCCCAACUUGGCCGAAACAUCUCUGGUAACCUAUCAUAUUGAUACCAGGAAUGCAAGACCCAGUCAUUGAUGUUCUUACCGUGUCCCUGUGACCAAGCACACAGUCAUUUAAACAGAAGUCGACAAGAUGCUCACUGACGUCAUUAUCUAGCAUCUUCGAGUCCUUGGAUUCACCUAUGGUUCUUGUAAAGAAGAAAGACAACACCUGGUGAUUAUACGUGGACUAU